AUGGGUGGUACUGCCUCCACAUCCAAGGUAACGGGUGUUAGCGAACAAAACGAUCCGCUAUGGCUUUGUGGACAGAGAAAAGACGCGCUGGAAUUGGCCAUAAAGAGAAGGUCUCUGUUUGUGGAUGCAUUAUGCAAGUAUAACCGAUCGCUUUAUGAAGUAGCAAUCGCUCUAAGGAUUGCAAACGUCCAUUCUCAAACCAAAGAUUGCUCGUCUUCGGAUUCCAUAAGUUCGAUGAGCUCUGCAAAGGUAAAUAGAGAGAAAGUAGGAGAAGAAACCCGACAUCUCAAAGAAGAAGAAGGCAAUGUUGAGACUCAAAGGCGUUCUGGUGAUGAGAGUAGUGAAAAAAGAGAGGGAAAUUUGAGUGAUUAUGAUGUGGGUCAAGGGAGGGAAUUGGUGGAAGCAUUGAAAGAUGUUGAGGAAUAUUUCAUUAAAGCCUAUGAAUCUGGUUUGGAGGUUUCUAAGAUGCUUGAUGCCAAUAUGGAUCAAAUACAAUCUUCUGUGGAGGAAAUUGAAGAAAAAUCAAACAAGCUCGAGCGUUCAUUGACGACACGAAACCACCCAAACAAGCUUAUGCGUUCACUUCCACUAAAACGCUCCACCUCAUAUAGAUGUUCCUCCAAAAGCGUCCACAAAUCAAGCUCCAGAGCUUCUUCAAAAUAUUAUUUCAACAGUGGUAUUUCUGAAGGCAAUGGAGCAAAGACAUUCAUGGGCCAUUCGUUCACGCUGAGGGAACUGCAUGAGCAAGUUAAAAUACUUCAUAAAACGAUGAUGGCUACAGAGGAAUCCAGGAAAGAAUUGAAGGAAUUGCAAAAGGAAAAGAAAAGAGAAGGUGUGCUCAAGGGUACUAGGGAUAGUACAGGAGCUGGAAUUGCGAAGUUGGAGGCCAGAAUCAAGGUUUUUGAAAAAGAAGAAGAAGUACAGUACUCUGAAAUUCAUAGGCUAACAGAUAAAGAGAUGAAGCCACAACUUGUUGCCUUGUUUCACUGCCUAAUGAGAAAUAUGAGAAUCGUGUCGGAAUAUCAUGAUGCCCAAACCAGAAUCAUGAAGACAGUAAAAGUGCCCGACGGAGUGUUCUGCAGUGACUCACACCAGCUUACUACCUACUCUAAGCUUGAAGCAGAAAUUCCAAAAUGGUGUGCUUGCUUUACAUCAUAUGUCUCUUCAUUGAAGGCCUAUGUUGAAUCUCUUAAUGACGGGCUAUUCAAGUUUGCUGCUGCUAACAACGACAAGCCUUCGCUAUAUCAUCAUUGGUUAGUUUGUUUGAAUAAACUUCCAUAUAAAGAUGUGACGUCUGCCAUGACAGAGUUUGGGAAUGAUGUCCGAGAGCUGAUGAUUCAACAAGGCGAGGAGCAUAAGCUACAGAAAACGGUUGACAAACUUUCCAGAAAAAUACAUGAAAACUCAAAGAAGGAGCAUUUGAAAAAGAAGGUAGAUGAAGGGAAGAAGGAGCAGUUGAUUGAGGAGAAGAGGCAAGUGGAAAAGAAGCUAAAGGCAGAAAAGUUGAAAACGCGUCAUUUCGCUGAGAGUGGAUUUCAGGAAGGAUUCUCCAAGGUUUUCGAAUACCUGGCUAAUUAUUCAAGUGGUGCUACGGAAAUGUAUGAUGGCCUUAUAGCAUUCGACGGAGAUGCAUGCGUGGGGAUUGAUGACGAAAGUAACAGCAACUCAUCAGAACAUGUUACAGGCAAUUUCAUAUGA